AUGAAAGGAAACGACAUGGACACUGCAUUUUGUCGUGGCAUCUCUGAUGGUUUCUGGUACGAGUACGAUGACAGCGCAGUAACUCGAAUUCCCGAAUCACGUAUUCAAGCAAGAUCCCUCAAGAAAACCCUACUACCAGCUGCUUUACGGGCCAGACUUUUGAGUCAGAAGCAACAGGCAAGGCCCAUGAACACAACCAUCCCUCCUCCCACUGUCACACACUUGAGUCAAAUGCUCAAGGUCGCCAUCGAUGAGAUCACGAAAGACUCACAUUCGGCCUCUAAUGAGUAUGCAGUACAAAUCGCCCCAAGAUGUUUGCUCACAGAUAUCCAGUACGCAAACAACAUAUCCCUUCAAGGAUUUGAUGGCAUGAGCGGUGAACAAUCGCCGGAAAUGUGUGGACACGGUGCCUCCAUAUCCCAAAGGAUUAGUCCUGUUCAUGAAAUUGUCGUCCAGUCCACGGAGAAAGAAAGUGGCCAAAGCGCGAGUGUGUGCGAGAGACUGCAACACGGCAUUCAUAUAGCAAGUGUUGCCAAGAUUUCGCAAACCGGUGGGUCGGAGAUGACAAGAGGGAAACUGGGGUAG